UUUCUGGGCUUCAUCAUCAUCGUGUUCCUGGGUCAGCUCUUCAUCACGCUGCUGCUGCUCAUAAGCAGAGAAAAGAUCGGGCAGACUCUGGAUCAGUCCACGGAUCAGAUCAUCCGUCAGUACGGAGACGGCAGCGGUGACAACAGACUGAUGGACAGCGACAGUCAGGACAGACUGAUGGACAAAAUACAGACAUACGACGAGUGCUGUGGUCGGACGGGGCCUGCUGAUUGGCUCAAGAACUCUUACAUCCGGACUCUGAACUUGACGGAGCCAGACGUACUUCCUUGUUCCUGUUUCAGAUCGUUUAAACGCAGCGGGAACUCGCCCUGGUGCUCCGAGCUGCAGAACUUCACCGCCCCGCUGUACGGCCGAGCAAACGGCACGUUUGAGGAGGGCUGCAAAACCAAAAUCAAUGAUUGGCUGCAGAAAAACACUCUGUUCAUCGUCAGCAUGGACGUCAGCGGCCUGUUAAUCGAG